GCCUGCCUGCAUAUUAUUUUUUGUCAGUUUUUUUUUUGUUGGAAAUAUAAUUUUUUGUCGUCGUCGUCGUCGUCGGUUGUCGUAAUAAGUUUCGUCAUCUUUUUUUUUUUACUACAACAACACAACCACCAACCACCACCACCAACCAAAAAAAAAUCAUCAUCAGUUGUUGAUGUUGUUGUUGAAUUUGAUUGUAUAGUAAAUCGAAAUUCAUCGAACCAAAAAAAUAACAAAAAAAAAAAAAAUAAAUAAACUAUCAAACCACCACCACCACCACUUGUUGAUGUCGUCGUAUUUGUUUGCUUGUCCGUGUGUGUGUGUGUGUGUGUGAUGGAACGAAAGAAAAAAAAAUGUCAUAAAUCCAGCUAAUCGUUUAUCAACGAUAUUUGAAAAAUUUUUUUUUUCUUUUUCGUUGACAAAUUAAUUGAUCACAAUGAUCAUGAUGAAACAUGAUGACUAAACUUUGAAUUUUACCCGUUUUAUUCGACAUCAUCGUCAUCAUCAAUUUUCAUCAACCAUCGUCAUCAAUUUUUUUUUCAGACUGAUCAUCAUUUACCGAAUUGUUCAUGACAUUCGACUUUACCAAAAAAAAAAUUUCCUUUAUAUUAUAUAAAUUAUGACUGAAAUUGUAUCGACUAAUAAUAAUCAAUUGAAUACGAUAAUCAUGUCAACACAAUCAUCACCGGACACUAGUCCACAACAUCCAUGGCCAAUGGUUCCAGUAUUGCAAACAUUAACCGUACUAUCGGAUGGUGAAGAAGAACAAAUGGAACAAAAAAUGGGUAUUGAAAAUGGUGGUGGUAAUGGAUAUGCUACUGGUACAAUGACAAUGACUAAAAUGGCCAUUGAUAAUGUUGUACAGCAUCAUCAUCAUCAACAACAACAACAACAAUCAUUAAGUCCACAUUUAACAAUUCAGAAUCAUCAUCAUCAUCAACAGCAACAACAACAACAACAACAACAACAACAAAAACAACAUCAUUCAUCAAAUAGUCAAAAACGUAAAGUUGGUAGACCAAUUACAUCAGUGAAAACGAUGAAUAGAUCAUUUCCAGCUGUGGAUGAGAUUCGUGCCAAAUUAGAAGCAGGUGAAUGUUAUGUAAGACCACGUGCAUCAAGUUCAUCAUCUGAUGUAUGGGCAUUAUUUCAAGAAGUUGCCUAUAAAGAUAAUCAUGUAUUUACUGGCAUUGUUCAAUGUAAAACAUGUCAUUUUUUAACACGUUAUCAUGGCCAAAUAACCGGUACAUCACAUAUGCGUCGUCAUCAUUGUUUUUCUUUAUUAUUUCCAAAUUCAACACCAGCUAAUAGAAAACCAAAAACAAAUAAUAAUAUUCCAGUACAAUCAACGAAUAAUAAUCGAUCCAAUUCAAUGAAUGGUGGUGGUAAUACAACAUUCAAUAUAACGGAUGCUGAUUCAACGACACCACGAAUGUUGAAACGAAUGAAAAAAGAUUUACCAACCUCAGCUGCUGCCACCUCGAUGACAGGAGGUGGACGACAAUCAUCAUUUGUUGGUAAUCAUUUAAAUUUGAAUGAUACAUCAGCAACAUUAUUAUCAGCAUCAUCAUCACCAUCAACAACCACAACGUUAACAAAUCAAACAGGAGCACAUAUUACCAUACAUCCAGCAUUACCAAAGAAAAAAUUUAAAAAUCAAUCACAUGGUGUUGUUGGUAAUAGCCAUUUAAUUCAUCAUCAUACAACGGAUGCAAGAUCAUUAAUAUCGAAUGGUAGUAGUAUAGCGGUCACAAUGACAACAAAAUCACCAACACCAUCUUCAUCAUCAUCAUCGUCAUCAUCAUCAUCACAAUCAAUGUUACAUCCACGAUCAUCAUCGAAUAAUAAUAAUGGCUAUAAUUCACCAUCAUCAUCAUCAACGACAACGACGGCUACAACCACAAUGAUGAAUGGUCAACGAAAUGUACAACAUAUUCGUCAAGAUCUCCGUGAAAGACUUGUACAAUUCUGUGCUGAAGAAUUAGUACCAUUACAAUCCAUAAUUAGUGAUUCAUUUAGGGCUAUAUUGCAAUCUCAUCUUCGUUUAUGUACUCAACAAGUUUUACAACAAUUAUAUCAACAGCCACAACUUUUAAAUCUUGCAACAACAUUAUCAUCUUGUUUAAAUCAUCUGCCAGCACAAUCACCUGAUCUGGAACAAUUACAAUCCUAUCAAUUACAAUUAUAUCGACAAUGUUUGGAACGUAUUCGAUCGGAUGUCAAUACGAAUCUUGAGGAAAAUCCAGGCUCUGCAUUGGUCUGUGAUUCGGAUAAUGAUGCCUGUAUAAUGUCUGUGUAUUAUGUUGAUUCACGUUGGCAAUUGACUGAAGCAAUUCUUUCAGCAUCCGGUAUGGUUGUUGAUAUAAAUCGAUUUGUUGCACGUACCCUAGAUGAUUAUGGACUUCAAGAUCGUAAGAAAUUGAGUAAAUUUACAUUCGUAUCACAUGGUGGUCAAUUUGGUGGCGUAUCCGUAUGUCUAAGUUCAAUGGCUCAUAUUGUAGAUAAAGUGGUAGAGGAAUCGUUAGCCAUUGUUACCGAUAAUGAUAAUUGUAAUGAUGAUUCUAUGAAUCCAUUAUUGGAUCUAUUCGAUUCGUGCCAUGAAAUUGCCAUUCGUUUGAAUUUACAAUCAACAAUUGAACAAGCUAAUCAAUAUGAUGUAGAUUGGAUUGGUAAAUAUGAACUAUUAAAAGCGAUCGACGAUAAUAGCCAAUCGAUUGAAGAUAAGAAUGAUAUGAAAUCUAUUGAUUUUAAAUUGAUAGCCAUAUUGAUCAAAUUAUUGGAACCAUUUCAUGCUGCAUCCAAUGAAUUACGACAAUGUUCAAAUCAUCCAACACUAUGUCAUGUAUUGUUGUAUUUUUAUAAAUUGAAAAAAGUUUUAUCUUCCACUCAUAAUAUUAUUGGCAUCACUCAUCAUCAUAAUAAUAAUAAUCAUCAUCAUCAUCAUCAAAAUAAAAGUAAAAAUAAUAAUAAUAAUAAUAAUCACAACAACAAUAAUACUAAAAGACGAAUCAUUAAUGCCAAAUUAACGAAAAAAAUAAAGAAUACUACUACUACUACUACUACUACUAAUACUAAUACUAAUACAAGUAGUGAAUCAGAUUCUGAUUCAAAUGAAGAAAAAGAAACAUUUGAUUCAUUGAAUAAUAAUACGGGUGAUAAAACUACUGCAACAACAACAACAACAACAGAUGAUGAUGAUGAUGAUGAUGAUGAUGAUGAUGAUGAGAAUAAAGAUGAUCGAAAUAUAAAUCAAUUGAUACAGAAUCUUCGGCAAACAUUAAUGGAUAAUCUGGAUAAACAUUAUGAAGUGCAAUCAUUACAUAGGAUAGCAACAUUUUUAUGGCCAAAUUUUCGUUUAUUAAAAAUGUUAACAUCAGAUGAACAGAAAGAAGUACAUGAAGAUGUAAGAAAAUUGAUUCAAACUAGAGUUAAAUGUACAAAUCAAGUGAAUAAUUUAAAUGGUCAAAAUUCAAAUGAUAGUGGUAAUUGUCAUAAUCAUGAUGAUGAUGAUCAUAACAACAAUGGUUUAGGAAUAUGUGAUGGAUCCAUUUCGAAUGAUAAUACCGUUGGCGGUGGUGGUGGUGGUAAUAUGAUGAUGAAAAAUAAAUCCAAAUCAAAUUUCGAUGAAUGGGAAAUAUUUUCUGAUGAAGAUCAAGAUGAAGUGGAUAAAUAUCUUUCUGUACAGUUAACAUCUUGUUCUGAACAUUUUGUAUUGAAUUGGUGGCGUGAACAUUCGAAUGAAUUUCCAAAAUUAUCACAAUUAGCCAAAUGGAUAUUAUCAAUACCGGCAUCGGUUACAACAAGAGAACGUUUUAAAAUUACGAAAAAUUGUCAUAUUGAUGAUAUGUUGCUAUUUUUACAUUGUAAUAUGCAAACGGAAAAAUUUGAUUUUGCAAAAUUGAAACGAUCAUUGAAACAACAACAACAACAA